GCCUCCUCUUCGAAGCCACAAGCACAAGCAUCCCAGUUUUCUUUGUGAACCAAGUAUGGUGCGUCCGUAUAAAAUGAAAGGCCAUAAGCGCAAGGAGAGAAAAGAGAACUAUGACAGCGAAGAAAUAAAACCAUUUAUAGAAGAGGAGACAGCAGCAACAACAAAGAAAGUCAAGGCAGAAAAUACUACAUCAGAUGGGGAGAAAGCAGAGGAAGCUGUUCAUGAACUUGCAGGGAUUCCAAUUGUCCCUUGUGAUCAGAACAAUAAGCCUGGGGUUAUUUUCAUUCUUGAGAAGGCUUCUUUGGAAGUUGCAAAAGUUGGAAAGAGUUACCAGCUAUUGAACUCGGAUGAUCAUGCCAAUUUUCUUAAAAGAAAUAACCGAAAUCCUGCUGACUACAGGCCUGACAUUGCACAUCAGGCUAUCCUCACAAUAUUAGAUAGCCCACUCAAUAAAGCUGGCAAGCUGCGAGCUUUGUAUGUGAGAACUGAGAAAGGUGUACUUUUUGAGGUCAAACCACAUGUUCGGAUUCCGAGGACGUAUAAGCGGUUUUCUGGUAUAAUGUUGCAACUGCUACAGAAACUGAACAUAACUGCAGUAGGAAAGCGUGAAAAACUUUUGCGUGUUGUCAAGAACCCUGUGACCCAGUAUCUACCCAUCAACUCCCGUAAAAUAGGUUUCUCACAUAGUUCAGAAAAGUUGGUUGAUAUGCGGGACUAUGUUGCUGCUGUUAGCAAUGAUGUGAACCUCGUGUUUGUGGUUGGUGCAAUGGCUCAUGGGAAAAUUGAGAAGGAAUAUGUGGAUGAUUUCAUAUCAAUUUCUGAUUAUCCUUUGAGUGCGGCCUUCUGUAUUUCGAGGAUCUGCAAUGCUGUGGAGCAGAAGUGGAAGAUUUUGUAAACUUAAUCCAAUUUCCUGCUCUUAAUUAAGGUGACAUAUUAGAAAAUAGAGUUCAUAUUAAAUUUUUUUGUAGCAUUAUAUGUCAAUCAAACAUUGCCAUUCCCGGAAGACCUUUUGCAUUUGGAUUGGAGUAUGAUUUCUCCCCUUCUUUCUUCUCAAGGAGUGAAGUAGGGAUUCCAAUCGGAACAGAAAGAAAAGAAGAAAUCUGUCUUGGAUUGCGAUGAAAAACGCCCAAAACCCAAAUCACGGAGCCUUGCAGUAGAUACUGAAGGUCUGUCUGCAGGUCGAAUUGAACUAAUUUACAACAUGAUUUCAUCUGCCCUUGUGAAGUUUUCACUGCCUGAUGAAAACUUGCUACACCAUUCAGCCUGUUGUUCUGCAUGUGACUCUUUAGCCAUUUUGUGAUGACGAUUUACGCUGUUCCAUUACCAGCAGGUUGUAACAAAAACAUAUGAAAGUUACAAUGUCGCAUAAGAGUUUGUGUUAACCUGUACGGGUCGGUUCAUUCAUUAGGCGAGGUGCGAUGUGUAAAAUUCACAUGUUUUGAGUUUGAGUUUUUUUAGCCACGUAAAAUUUCUGUUUAAUUGUUUGCAUUCAAUAUCUGCAUUGCAUUCAUGAGUUCAACAAACACGUGGUUGAAAUGAUUGAAAAAAAGGG